GCGCGCUAAAUUUAGAGCGCAUUUUCCCAGGGAUGAACAAUAGUUGGCCAACCAUUUAAUUUUCCGGAGGAGUCCGGAAGCGUGUCCUCGUGUUGCAAAUUGGAACUUGUAAACAGGUCUCACCUUGAGAUGUUCUCAGGGUAUCAGGAGCGGGAGGACUAUGAGGACGAGCUCUACCGGGAUGACGCGGACUCGAGUUUGUCCGACGCUGACAGCGAGCUGGAGUUCCGGCUCUAUUCCCAGCUGCACUACAACGCUGAGAUCCAGGAGGACCGCGUGGACCCGAGAGAGGUCAAGUCAUCAGUACCACGGACUCAGCCACAGCAGAAUUCCUUGCCUCCUGCUCCACCUGUAGAUGUUAUUGUGAUUGACUCGGGCACAGAUGCUAUCACAGUGUCAGACAACACAGAGGAGGAUGACAGCGUGUGUGCUAUCAAAGGUCAAUCAACCAAAAUCCGGAACAGGUUGUUGCAGCCCAAUAGCUUACUUUCACCCUGUCCACCACAAGUUCAAACAGGAAGGAGCUCUUCAGAUGUUAUUGUGGUGUUGGAUUCUGAAUCUGACGAGAGCUCUUCUGAAUCUAUACCUCCUUUUGUGGAGGAUCUGGAUUCGGACUCAGACUCCGACUCAGAUAGACUGGAGAACUGGAUGAUUCUGGGGCAGGAGAAACAUGAUGAAGAUCAGAGCAUCCAACUCAACCUCUCCAUAUCAGAGAAACCAGAACAUGCAAAUGAUGGAGGGGAUAUACAGAACUGGGCUGUAUCAGAAAAGGAUAAAUGGGCUCAGAUCUGUAAUAAACGGGUUGGCCUGAGGCAGGUUUCAAACCGCUUCUCAAACCGUUACUACGUUGAAAAAUCCGUCACGUGUCACAACUGCAGAAAGACCGGCCAUCUCUCCAAAAACUGCCCCACACCAAAGAAGUUGCCGUGCUGCUCAUUAUGUGGGCUUCUGGGACACUUACUGAGGACCUGUCCGAACCGUCACUGUUCUAACUGCUCGCUGCCCGGCCACACCUAUGACGACUGUCUGGAGAAAGCUUACUGGCAUAAAUGCUGCCACCGCUGUGGCAUGACUGGACACUUCAUUGACGCCUGUCCAGAAAUCUGGAGACAGUACCACCUUACGACCACUUUGGGACCUCUCUGCAAGUCCAGUGAUCCAGAGGCCUGCAGGAAACCUGCCUACUGUUAUAACUGCUCUAGGAAAGGACACUUUGGGCAUGAAUGCUCUCAGAGGAGAAUGUAUAACGGGACGUAUCCCACCCUGCCAUUUAUUUCCUAUUAUGACACAACAAAGGACUUCAAUUGCCGGGAGCACAGAAUUAAAAAGAAGGCCAGAGAACUCCAGGAUGCCGGAUUGAUUCCCCCUGACGGAGGCAGUUUCACAUCUACCCCUCAACCACCCAGGAAGAAACAAAAAACCAGCCACAAACAGUCUCCAUACCCACACAGCGCUCACACAAACAACCAGCACACGCCGAAGAGGCACAUCGCACACACGCCCAAACAUCAUCCACAAGCGUACCAAAAGAACACACACUUCAGUUUCAAGCACAACUCACAAACACCAGGGAACUACGGCAAAGGCUCCCCUCAGAGCAAGUUUAUACCACAACAGCAAAGCCAGAAGGAAGCUAAAAAGAAGAAAAAGGGAAAAUCUGCAGUUACAGUUUUAGAUGAAGAUGCAGCCUUUCCUAGAGGUGGCAAAAAGGGCCCUCGCAUGAAUAAGCCCUUUGGAAAGGAUAAGAACGAUAAAAAGAAAACAAACAAAACAACGAAAAAGAAGGAGAGGAAAUUGAAAAAAAGAGAGCAAAAAGCAGCAAAAGAUUCGUCCAUGUAUCCCUCUGAUGAAAACCUUUUUCAGAUUAAACAAAGAAAUGUUAGAAAACGUUAAUAAAAAAUGCCCAAUUAUGUGAAAAGGACUUCAGAUGUUCUCUCACCAAUUUUGACUUUUUCAGGUUGAUUGGUUGGUUUUGGUCUAUCGUCUUAUGUCUUCAUGUACAGUAUUAGGGCUUUUUUAGGAUUGUUCUUGGAAAGCAAAUCAAUUGAAGUGCUGUUGAGUAUUGUGAAUGCGAAGCAGAUCAUAUCUGAUUUUAGAGGAUUCAAAUGCAUAAUACACACACAAAUUAAUUAGGAAAACAAAUACAUAUUGAAAUUGUAAAUUCACUGUGUCAGUGUUUGGUGUAUUUCACUUUCACAGUAGUGUAAAAUAACUCUUAAUUGCUUGGCUGCAUUAUACAAUGCUUUUCAUGUACUAAACUGGCAUUAAAAAGUGCUUAAUUUAAAAAAAAAUGAAUAGGUUUAGCAAACGUCAGUUUUUUCAGUGACAGGUGUAAUGCUUGUACAUGAGGAGUAUAGACUUCACUAUUUUAUGUACAUGCCGACUUAUGUAAGAUCAUAAUUAAAUUAAAGUGUUUGUUUUGA